CCCACAAGGAGAAUCUCCUGCUGCGCGUCACUCGGGGCCUCGUCGGGUGUCAACAUUGCCCCCCGCCCGGCCCUCAGCCUGCCCUUCCCGCACCCCCCCCCGCGCCUCCCGAAGAAAGCAACCUCGUCAGGCCCUCUGAACCACCUCAGCACGCGACAACGCGUACCCGAUAGACCGCCAAAAUGGCUUCCAACAUAGACGACACCAUCGCCAAUGUGCGUGAGAAGCUGGAGAAGGAGAAGGUCAUUCUCAACUCCAUCACCACGAUGCGCAACUCGACCAGCAAUCGCGACGUGCUCGACAGCCUCGAGGUGAAGCAGCGAGACAGCCGGCGGAAUCUCGAGUAUUUUCAAAAGACCCUAGCGGACCUGGAGAUGAAGAAGAUGGGCUCCGGCAUGCACAACAUGACUCUUGACGCCGGCGCGUCCAGGAAAGCGGGCAACCCUUUGACCCCCCCGCCCAAAGACGGCUGGAAUGGAUACAUGGGACAGCCCCAGAGCGCCUAUGGCGACUCGCAGGGUCCCCACAGCCACCUCAGUGGAGGAUCUGGGUUGAUGCCGCAGUCAGGUCCCUUUACACCCGGUGUACCGAACGCGCAGACCAAACGCGCACAGUAUACCAAGCUUGAGUUACUGAAAUAUGAUACCAACCUUAUGGGGCCUCGGAUACAGUUCAUGCUUUCCCAACUCAAUUUCAAGCGCACUGUCGAAGCCCAGUACAAAGCAGGCAUUGACAAGAUGGUCAAACUGUACUCGAUGGAGGGAGACAGAAAGAGCAAGGCUGAUGCCGAGGCAAAACGGAUUGAAAGUACACAGAAACUGCGACUCUUGGACCAAGCUCUGAAACGAUAUGAGCAGCUCAACGUUGGCCUCAUAGACGGUGCCGAUGGAGGCGACGAUGACAGUCUUAACAUCCCGAACCAGAGGAAGACUUUGACUGGCCAAGUCAGCAUUCAGGUCCAUGCCGUAGCCGAUCUCGAACAUGCGCCCACGUCGCGCUAUAGAGGAAACCCUGAGACUUAUGUCGUCAUCACCUGCGAGGACCACCCUACACCAAUGAGCACGAGGCCUGCACCUAGCAAGGAUGAUCCCAAGAGAGGCCUCAAAGCUGGCCAAUUCAGCGAUGAAGCUUUCCGCUUUGAUGUGGACAAGGCCAACGAGAUUGAAAUAACAGUCUAUGACAGGGCUGGACACCAGACAACCCCCGUCGGCAUCCUCUGGUUCCGGAUUGCGGAUCUCGCUGAAGAGGUGCGCCGCAAGAAGAUCGAGAUUGAACUGAAUCAGUCUGGUUGGCGCAGGGCCGAUCAACUUCAGCCCGACCUACAAUUCCAACCACCCCCUAGUCAAGGCCAUGGAGGAGCAGGUGCCCCAGGUCCCGGUGCUAUGCAGCCAGGCCCCUCAGGCCCUUCCGCUGUGGCUCCAGCUCCCUCCAUCACCAACUGGUAUUCUCUCGAGCCAGUCGGACGCAUUCAGCUGACUUUCUCGUUUGUGAAACAUACCAAGAACAAGCAGCCCUUCGAUCUCCGCCUUGGUCGCAAAGGUGCCAUUCGCCAACGGAAGGAAGAUGUACACGAGCAGUAUGGCCACAAGUUCGUGCAGCAACAGUUUUACAACAUCAUGCGCUGCGCUCUAUGCGGCGACUUCCUCAAGUAUGGAACCGGCAUGCAAUGUUCGGACUGCAGAUAUACUUGCCAUAAGAAGUGCUACACAAAGGUAGUCACAAAGUGCAUUACCCAAUCCAACGCCGAGACAGACCCAGACGAAGCGAAGCUCAACCACCGCAUUCCCCACCGUUUCGAAAAUACGACCAUUAUGGGCGCCUACUGGUGCUGUCACUGUGGCUAUCUGCUUCCCCUCGGUAGAAACAAAGGCAAACAGUGCAAAGAAUGCUCCCUCUAUUGUCAUGCUGGCUGUGUCCACUUUGUCCCAGAUUUCUGCGGUAUGUCCAUGGAGAAGGCUAACCAGAUACUGAUGGAAAUCAAACGGACACGACGCGGCCAGUCAGCUUCAGGAACAACAAUGACCUCACGGGUGCUCCGACCGCAGGGUGCUCAAAAACCCACUCCUCCCCCGCCGACGCAACCACAGUUCCUGCCCCCUCCUGGGCAAGAACAACAAGGUCAGCCAGAGAGAUACUCUUACGGCAAAGACCAGCCCUAUGGGGCGGCUCCAGGGCAGCCACCAUAUUCCCCCUCAGCAACGUCGGUCGAUGCCGCACGCUCCUCGUACCGUACUUCUGGCUCGGGUCCAGCGCCAGCAUCCCCUACUUCACAGCGUCCUCCAUCCAACCGCUCUCAGACUUCGCAAACGACUCCUGCAGCUUCGGUUGCGGCGGCCGCUGCUGUGAUGGGCAAAGGACCUGCCCCCCCUUAUCAGCGAGCGCAAUCUGAUUACUCGCCUCCGGGCUCUCGAACCUCAGGGGGUUAUCCUCAAGACCAGCGAGUCGCUCAGCAACAGCCGCCUCCCCAGGUAGGCUACGACCCUCGACUCUACGCAAAUGUAUCAAACACCCCCUACCCUCCCACUCACCAUCAAACGCCCAGCCAUGGAGCCCAGCAAUACUACCCUCCACCUCCUGCCCAGGCCUCACCGCAGAAGCAAGUUCCGCUGGGCCAGCCACCACAGCCCAUGCCUGAAAUGGAACAACAUGCUCCUCCGGUCAGCCAGCCCUUGUCGGCGAUGACGAAAGCACCCGAGAACAAGGUCACGCCUGCAGCAGAUACGAAAGGCACCGGCAGGAGGAUCGGCCUGGAUCAUUUCAACUUCCUUGCCGUCCUGGGCAAAGGCAACUUUGGAAAGGUCAUGUUGGCCGAGACAAAGACCACGAAGCAGCUAUAUGCCAUCAAGGUUCUGAAAAAGGAGUUCAUCAUUGAGAACGACGAGGUGGAGAGUACGAGAUCCGAGAAACGGGUGUUCCUAAUCGCCAACAAGGAGCGCCACCCGUUCCUUCUGAAUCUCCACGCCUGUUUCCAGACCGAAACAAGGGUUUACUUCGUCAUGGAAUACAUCAGUGGCGGAGAUCUCAUGUUACACAUUCAGCGAGGUCAAUUCGGCCUCAAACGUGCACAAUUCUAUGCAGCUGAAGUCUGUCUUGCGCUGAAGUACUUCCAUGAGAAUGGCGUCAUUUAUCGUGACCUGAAACUGGACAACAUUCUCCUCACUCUUGAUGGGCAUAUCAAGAUUGGAGACUACGGUCUUUGCAAGGAAGACAUGUGGUAUGGUUCCACGACGAGCACAUUUUGCGGUACUCCAGAAUUCAUGGCUCCUGAGAUCCUGCUCGACAAGAAAUACGGUCGAGCAGUCGACUGGUGGGCUUUUGGCGUGCUUAUCUACCAAAUGCUACUACAGCAGUCUCCUUUCCGCGGAGAAGAUGAAGACGAAAUCUACGACGCCAUUCUCGCCGACGAGCCUCUAUACCCCAUCCACAUGCCUCGCGAUUCCGUCUCCAUUCUCCAGAAGCUCUUGACCAGAGAGCCGGAAAGACGACUUGGAUCUGGGCCGACAGACGCACAGGAGAUCAUGAGCCAUCCCUUCUUCAGAAACAUCAACUGGGACGAUGUCUACCACAAGAGGAUACCGGCCCCUUUCAUUCCUCAGAUCUCCAAUCCUACCGACACGAGCAAUUUCGACACCGAAUUUACCAGCGUGACUCCUGUUCUUACUCCCGUGCAAUCCGUUCUCUCGCAGGCCAUGCAAGAAGAGUUCAGAGGAUUUUCUUACUCGGCAGACUUCGUCUAGAUGUGUCUUUCACGAGCUGUUAUCACGAUACCCAGCAAUGAGAUUUCAAUCUUUGCAUAUGAUAGGCGAGCGAGCACAAACGACACUUACGUUAGUACGGAUGCAUACUACCUGGAUCAACGACACCGGGUUCAAACACGGAUAGUCAAAAGAACAGCGCGCCCUGUGUCGCCGAAGACAAAGCCCUGUCGGUGGGCAUCGGCAAGAUUGAAGAGAAAAGCGCAGCGGGUUCCUGCGACCUGUACAAGAGGGGACCUGGACGAGAAGCGGUUGUUCCUACCUUUCUUGCUAGCU